AUGUCUCGUUCAACGCCAGAAAUCAUAGAAAACAUUUAUGAGUACAUCGGAACGGAUUAUGUCACUUUACGAAACAUGGUUCUCGUCAAUCGUAAUUGGUGCAAAGUGGGAAUUCCGUAUUUAUGGAAAGCCCCAUUUAGUAUCGACAAAACGAAUUCCAUAAAACAAGUUCAAAUUAUUUCGACUUACCUUUCAUUCCUCAACGACAAAGAGCAUAAAUUUUUCCCGGUACAAAAGAGGACAUGCUUAUUUAAUUAUCCUAUUUACCUGAGAGAGUUGGAAAUCGAAAAUUUGAGCGUAAUUAAAACCACUUAUAAUGAUCCUUCUUUAAUUGAUGAAUUAUUAAUUGAGUUACUCAAUUCUCCGGAUACGAAGAACAGUCUGAAAAAUUUGAAAUCUUUAAUCUGCGGUUCCUUAGUUACGGGAAACGUCUUGACAUCUUUAACAAGCAUGUGUCAUAACAUUACCAAGGUUGAAAGUAAGUCCACAAAGGAUUCAACUUUUAAAAAGUUAACCGCCUUAAUUCAAAAUCAAAUCUCUUUAAGGGAAUUCACCUUGGAGGAUACCAAAUCCGACACAACGACGACCAUUGUAAACCUGGAACGUCAUAUCAAUUCCCUACUAUGUGUGAAUUUGAAGGAUAUUAUCAUUUAUAGGCAUGCAUCAAUUAAAUCCUUGGUGAAAUGUAUAAAUUUAGAAAAAUUACAUCUCGAAAUUUAUUUUCACAACUUCAGGGGGGUUAACAAUAAGGAAAUCUUGAAACCAUUAUUGGACGCACAGUUUUUUCAUUUAAAAGAUUUUAAUUUAACCUUAUUAGGUGAAAAAACUCAUGAUGAUUUGGUACUAUAUGACAUAUUGGAAGUUGUGUUAAGGAAUUGUGACGAAAAUUUGGAGAGAUUGACUCUCGGUAUUAAUUUUAAUAUUAAUUCGGAAAUUUUUCGUAUAGUUUCACAACUUUGUCCAAAUUUAACGACUCUUAAAUUAUUUAUCCAAGAGGAUGAGGAUUUGUCUGAUUUAUUGAUCCUUUUGCCCAAUCUCACAAACCUGAAAACGUUAAUCAUGACGAAAAAACCUUGGAUUGAAGACGUGCUUAACGUUUAUAAUAAUCCUAUCUUUAAACAAAUUAGUUUUGUCCUUCCUUCAACUGUAAAUAUUUUAAUCAUUGAUGGAAUAUUGACAUUUGAAUUCAUGCAAAAUUUUAUACGAUUAUUUAGAGGUUAUAUUAAAGAAUUCGAGUAUAAUAUUUUUGCUAAUAAUUAUGAUGAAGAAAUCGAGGCUCAUAAAAAUCUUUUGAGGAAUUAUGGUGAUAUGCUUAUUAAUAAUGAAAAGGCUAUCAAAAUUGAUAUUUCCUCUAAUUAUUAUAGGCAUAAAAUGGUUUUCAGGGCUUAUUACUUUUAA